CACUGCGCCUGAUGCCAUCUCUUAUGCCUACCCCAGCAUUAUCCACGUAGAGGAACAUGAGGGAAAGAAUUAAUGGACGAAACGAUAUCAAUAUAGUUUCCACAGCUUCUUCGUUACCGUUCUAGCCUGUCCGUUGGUAACGAAUUUUGCACGUAUAGAUCACCAGUUGCUACUGCUCGUUCAUCGCCUUGUUAUUCUUGCACGUUGGCAUUAUGUUCACGUGUAUCUUUGAAGUCAUAGGCUUUAAGACACCGUGCUAGCCAAAUAAGCUACAGAAUGCAUCUACCACAAAGCCGCUUUGAUGGAAUAUGCAGAACUAGAUGGACAUACCUCUAAUGCCUAAUGCAUUCAGUGAUUUGACAAACCCUUUGCAACCUUCGGGAUUGUGUUAGUGUUAAAUUAUUCUCUAAUAUGGAUAGGGAGACUCUACAUACCUCCUCCAGUCUUAUAAAAAUACCCAGACAGUCACAUCAGCGUUGUUCUUCCCAUUUUGUCGACUACAUUGAAAAGAAUAUUAGCUAUUCCAAAUUCUUUAAAAAUUACUUGAUUCCCAAUCACCCCUGUGUUUUUUCGAAGAAGUUCACAGAAGAUUGGAAUUGUAGAAAACACUGGGUCACAGAGGAGGGGAAGCCUAAUUUCUCCAGGCUUCUGCAACAGUUUGAGGAAACAGCAGUGCCUGUGGCAAAUUGUAGUGUUAAGGAAUAUAACGCAAAUCCAAAGCAAAUUAUCGCUUUUAAAGAAUUCAUCCAGUAUUGGAGGGACUAUAUUCAAAAUGGCCACUCCUCACCAAAAGGAUGUCUUUACCUAAAAGACUGGCACAUGCACAGGAGCUUUCCUGAGCACAACAGCUAUAGCACACCCAUAUUCUUCUCUUCGGACUGGCUCAAUGAAUACUGGGAUUCAAUUGAGGUGGAUGACUACCGCUUUAUCUACAUGGGUCCCAAAGGCUCCUGGACUCCCUUCCACGCCGAUGUGUUCCGCUCCUACAGCUGGUCAGCCAACAUAUGUGGGAGGAAGAAAUGGCUGCUAUAUCCUCCUGGCCAAGAAGAGUUUCUGCGAGACCGCCAUGGCACUCUGGCUUAUGAUGUCACAGCGCCCACGCUUCAGGAUAAGGGGCAGUACCCACACAUAGACAAAGCCUGCCAGCCUCUGGAGAUCAUUCAAGAAGCGGGGGAAAUCAUUUUUGUGCCAAGUGGCUGGCAUCAUCAGGUUUACAAUCUGGAGGACACUAUUUCUAUUAACCAUAACUGGUUAAACGGUUCUAAUCUGGACAUCAUGUGGCAAUUCUUACAAGAUGAGCUUGCCUCCGUCCAAAGAGAGAUUGAAGAAUGGAGGGAAACUAUGGACACUUGGCAUCAACAUUGCCAGGUAAUCAUGAAGUCAUGCACUGGAAUUGACUAUGGGGAGUUUGCCACAUUCUUAAAGAUAAUAGCAAACAACCGGAUAUCUUUUUUGAACUCUUAUCCGGCGAGCAGCUCUCUUCAGUCCCGACAUCUGGCUGAGGCACUCGAAUCUUUAGGUCCUCAUCAUGCAACGUUUGAUCUGCAAAGAGUCACUCACAUCCUUGAAAGUAUGCUAAAUAAUGAAGACUUCAAGAGACUUGACCCUUCAACUUUAAAGUUUCAGCCAGAGUCGCUGCUUCAAGAAAUACGAGAGGCAACAAGGUCUACUGUAUGACAGUCAUUACCCAAACAAAACAUUUCUCACCUGGAAACAUUCACAGUUUUGUCUUACAAUGUUUAUUAUUCAAGAAAGUAUAAAUUAUUUCUGUUGAAAACUAACAAUGGACAUUUGUUGUGCGUAUAAGCAUAUUUCAAGUUUCGUAACUUAAAUAAAUUAAAUUAAAUAUUU